AUGAUCAUCUCCGAUUAUAAAGCAUUGCAUUGGUUAACAAAGGAUCUUACGUCAUCAUAUCAUAGGAAAAAUUUCCAAAAUUUAGUUAGGGAUCAAUUACCAUUUCUUCAAGAUAGAUCACCAACAAAUUGUUUAAAUAUUAAUGAACAUUUCUUGUUUUUCAAUCGUACAAGCAAAGAAUUAUCAAAGGACGGAUAUUUUAAAGAUAUAGCACCUGAUCAAUUGAUGCCAAAAUAUAAGGAUCAAACAUUUAAGAGAAGAUUGUGGGCUAAGGGGUCAAUCAUACAACAUGAACCACUUAAGAUAAAUCGUGAGUAUACAUGUUUGGAACAUGUUAAAAAUGUAAAAUCAUACAGAGGUGAUACUUUUGUUUCCAUAUAUCGUGAUAUUGUAGAUACAAAUCGACAAGUCAAAUUAUUAAGUGAAUUUAGAACAUUGGUAUACACAAAUUCAAUACCGAGACCCAAUAAUAUAAUUAAACAUAUAAAUAAUACCGAAGAUGAUACAAUUAUUGGUCAAUUCAAGUUCAAUGAGAUGGACAUUGUAAAAUAUAGUCAAUUAACAUUGAAUCCACAUAGAAUACAUUGGGAUAAGGUUCAUGCAGUUCAACACGAACUUUAUGAUAAUAUAAUAGCACAGGGACCAUUCAGUACCCAGGUUCUUACACUCUUUGCAGAAUCAUAUAUUGGUAAACCGAUUCAUAAUUUAAAUUAUAGAAAUUUAAAUUAUAUAUACCCGGGUACUACUGUAGAUAUAUGUCUUCGCAUUAACGAUAUCAACAACACUUAUCAAUUUUACAUGAGAGACUCUCAAAACUAUGAAAAAAUAUACCUAUUUCUUCAAGUAGUAUCUCCUUAG